AUGAGUAAUAUAACAUUACUAUUCCCUAACGCAAGAAGAUGCCUAAUCAAAGUUUCUCCUAACACCUUUCUGAGCCAGGCUGUUGAAGAUGCAUGUCUUAAACAUGGAUUCGACUUGGAUGAUUACAUUGCACAUAAUCAAAAGAAGGUUAUUGAUUUGGGAUUGCCAUAUCGUCUUUCCGGUCUACACAAUAAUGCUCUCUUAGAAUUAUCAUCUUCCGGUAGAGAAAAGAACUUCAAAGCAGAAGUGGCCUUACAAUUGGAAAACGGACAAAGACAGUCACACAGUUUCAAUAUAUUCUGUAGUCUGCGAGAAGUUAUAAAUCAUUUCGCUAGUCUAUUCCAAGAAGAUCUUGGAUCUCAAAUCAAUGAUGAGUUUCCGAGCUGUAUGUACAUGAACAAAAGAUAUUCUGCGAAUGAGCUGGAAACUCUAUCUCUCUCAGAUAUAGGAAUAUCAGGUGGACGGUGCCUUAUCAGGGCAGAAGAGGCGAAAAAACGACAAAACUUCUCCAAUGAAUACAAAAAAACGUUCAUCGAAAAUAAAGAGAGAGCUCGUAUCGAGGGAGAAAGUUUCAAGAAGUUGCAAGAGGAAUCUGAGCAAGCUGAGGAAGAGAAAAGACUGUUGGCUGUUCAAGCUGAGCCGAUGCAAACCGAACAAAUUGCAGAAGUAGAUAAUGCUCCCAUAUUCAAUCGAGGCAGAAUACCGACCCCCCCGCCCACCUCAACAAAUUCCACCUGGUCGUUCGAUCAGCCGUUCAACAGUUCUGCCCCAACCGAACUUCCUGGAACUAGACGUGAAGAAGAAAAUAGGAUCACAGUUUUGAGAGGGUUGAUUCAACAGAUCGAUAACUCCUUGGGUAUUGGGGGAUCGUCUGACAUUGUUGAAUUGUUGGCUGAAAAUGGAAGAAUGUCUGUAUCUCAAAUAGCUUCGGCUAGCUCUGCCAUGCAAACCUCUGAAUCAACAGAGCAAACUUUUGUCGAUCCAUGCGAUCGAGUUCCGAUUUAUUUUGACAAGAGUAAAGUGGAACAAUCAACGAACGAGGAAGAUGAAAGCAUGGAAGUAGAAACCGAUGAGUUCUUCGACGUUAGUGUAAGCGAUGUCAAGCGAAGACAGCGAGAAUUACGGGAAGAAGUUCAAAACCAAUCUCAACGAGCUUUGGUACCAAAGAGUUUUGUGGAUAAGAAGAACAAAGAACUGAAGUUAAUAGCGUACAAACACACUGUAGUGCGCUAUGUUUUGGGUAACUACGUUGUUCAAGCCAAUUUCCUCAGCGCCGAACCAGUCAUUCGUCUGUUCACAUUCUUCCAAUCCUUACUAUCGACCAAAUGUAAAUUCAACCUUAACUUCGCUCUGAACGAUCCCGUAGAGCAAAGUGAGACGAAAAACUUAGUUGAAGCAAAUGUUGCACCAAAAGCUACCAUAUAUGUGAAGUUCAAAUCAGACGUGAGCAUAGAACAAACAUUGGCAUUUAAUACAAUAAGAGCAGUGUGUACAAGCGAAGCCGAUUCGAUCGGAGGAGAAUGGCUAUCAGCGAAUAGCAUUUAUCAGCCAUUCAAAGGAGCUCUCCUGCCAGAAGAACGUCCAGCAAUCCCCAAGCGCAGCGCUGAUUAUGAAAACCAACAUCAACCUCCAGCUAAAUCUCAAGGGCCCAAGUGGCUCAAAUUUAAAUAA